AUGUCAUUUCGAUCAAAGCUUUGCUUGAUCGCUCUCAUUCUUCCCUCACUCGAAACCUUGGUAUCCUCUGCACCGCUCAAUGAUGCCACCAAACCUUUACACCGACGUAAACCCGAAGACGGUUGGUCUUGUCAUUAUGACGGACCUGCAAACUCUGGAAUGGAUCCUUCUUUAGAUCUUCCUGGAAUGGUUUCAGCGCUAUGUUUUAAGGUCAAUUACUCCUUUGACGGCUGUGAAAAUUUCGACCCCGAUAACACAAACGAUAAAGGCAAAUCAGACUCUCCUUCGCCACUCUCGGGUGUCAUGGGAGGAAAGGAUAAAGGAUCCUGUCCACCCAAAAAAUGGAACAGCCUCCUUUCUUUAUGUAUGGACAUCUCUAUCGGUGGAGGUCCACCAAAAUCUUCUGAUGGCUCCAACGAUAGUCCACCAGCUGAUUCUUCUAAUAAUGGAUCGAAUGGAGACGAACAACCAGAGGGUCACCAUCCUCAUCGUCCAUCAUCUGGAACUCCCCGAAAAAAACCGUCCAAAACCGAAUCUAAGCAUCCCUCUUCAGGAAAAAAGAAUCAUGGAAAGCACUCGGAUGGAAAACCGGAUCACGGCAAGAAAUCAGAUGGAAAACCGGAGAAAGAUCAAGAUGGAAAAGUAUCGGCUUUUAGUUUUGACGAACCUGAAGGAGAUGAACCUGAUGAUGAUGAAGCAGGUGAUAAAAAGAAAGACCAUCAUCCAUCUUCCGACAAGAAAAAAGGUCAUAAAGAUCAUAAGAAUGGUAAACCUCAUAAAUCGGAUGAACCCAAGAAAGCCGAGCAAGAUGGUAAUCACAACCCUGAUGAUUCAAAGAAAGAUGAUAAAGACGGAAAAGAUAAUUCAGAUGAUCCUAAGAAAGAAGAUCAAGAUGGAAAGGUUUCUGCUUUUAGUUUUGAUGAACCUGAAGGUGAUGAUGAUGACGAUGCACCCGAUGACGAUAAGUCUGGUGAACCAUCUGGGGACAGCAACGGUGAUAACUCUGAUGGGCCAGGUGGAAACGGGGGCGAUGACUCGCCAAACGGUGGCAAUGGUGAUGGAUCCGGUGAUAAUGGAUCUGGUGGUAACGGCUCCGGCGACAACGGAUCUGGUGAUAAGGGAGGUGACGGGUCGGGAUCUUCGCCGAGCAACAACAGCGGUGAUGGCCCGAAUGGCGGAAAUGGAUCAGACGGCUCCGGUGACUCGCCUAAGAGAGGAGAUGGAUAUGGCGAUUCUCCCAAAUCAGGAGACGGCUCUGGUGAUUCGCCUAAAGGAGAAGACAGCUCCAAUGAUUCGCCUAAGGGAGGAGACGGUUCUGGCGACUCUCCUAAGGGAGGAGACGGUUCUGGUGAUUCGCCUAAGGGAGGAGACGGCUCUGGUGAUUCACCCAAAUCCGACGGCUCUGGUGAUUCGCCCAAAUCAGGAGACGGUUCUGGUGAUUCACCGAAAUCAGGAGACGGUUCUGGCGAUUCGCCCAAAUCAGGAGACGGUUCCGGUGAUUCUCCCAAAUCAGGAGACGGCUCUGGUGAUUCACCCAAAUCAGGAGACGGCUCUGGUGACUCGCCCAAAUCAGGAGAUGGCUCUGGUGACUCGCCCAAAUCAGGAGAUGGCUCUGGUGACUCACCUAAGGGAGGAGGCGACUCUGGUGAUUCGCCAAAGAACAACAAUGGCGAUGGACCGGAUGGCAAGGGGGACGGCGGAUCCGGAGCCCCACCCUCUGGAGAUGAUGGAGGGAAAUCACCUGAUCAUGGCGACAAUGGACCCGAUAAAGGCAGCGACUCACCUGAUGAUAAAGGUGGAGACCAUCCUGGUGCAGAUAGCGGCAAUGGACCUGAUGACAAGGGUGGAAAGGGCGACGACGGAUCUGGGGGCAAUCCUUCCAACGAUGGCGGCGACCAUGGGCCAAAUCAUGAUGGGAACGAUGGAGAUCAUGCCAAAGACAAUCCCGAUGAUAAGAAAGACGAUAAGAAAGACGAUAAGAAAGAUGACAAGAAAGAUGACAAGAAAGACGACCACAAAGGGAAAGAUGACGAUAAAGGGGGUGAUGAUGGAAAAGACAAGCAUCACAAGAAGAAACCCAACAAAGCUCAUAAGAAUCAUGAUGAUAAGCCCAAUAAUGACGGAAACGAAGGCGGAGAGCAACAUCAUUGCAAGGAGAAUGAGAAAUACAGUACAAUUGUGGAAGAUUGUGUUGAUAAGAGUUUCUUUUCAAAGCCAAAUGAUGAUGACAGCUGCAAGAAAGGCGAAUUUGAUCCUAAAAUCCAACUUUGCCUUGACGUCUCCAUGCUAGGGGGGUCUGAAAAACCAGGACCAAACAAUAACUCUCAAGACGAUGACAAUGAUGACGGUGGAUCAGGUGAUGAUACCGACGGAGGCGAUGAUUCGGGUUCGGGAGAUCAGGAUUGCCCUAAAAAGAACCAAAUGUAUACAUCUUUGAUCUCAGCAUGUGUGGAUAUGAAACUUCUCACAAAGCCUAUGGCAGGCAAUCGAUGCGGUAGCGGUUCGAUUUUAGACGUCAUCAUCGGGUUGUGUCUUGAUGUCUCAGCCAGUGCAAACCUACCAGGGCUGAUCAAUGCGAACACCCAUGGUCACGUUGAGACUUGA